AUGGGUAUAGAAGACCCCAUCCCCGAGGAGAGUUCCGAACCUCCUAUAUGUGGCCAAACCAAGAAAUCGCCACAUCCUCACACCACCGACGAUUCGGGUCGUCCGGAAUCGAAUCUCAGCACUGAAUCACAGGAUCCAACACCGAAUUUCACCGCAGAUGAUAUAGCCCAAAAGGCUCAUACGCUUUCAGCAGAGCAAGUCGCCCAGCUUCUCGAUGUAAACUUGCACCAUGGGCUCUCUGCUACCGAAGCAGAUGCUCGUCUUCGCUACCAUGGGCCGAACAAGAUUAAAGCAGCUGAGGGAGUAUCCAAGUGGCAGAUAUUCUUGAGACAGAUCUCGAAUAGUCUGACCAUUGUUCUUCUCAUUACUAUGACCCUGUCAUUCAUCAUCGACGACUAUAUCGAAGGCUCUGUUAUCGCUGGAGUCAUCACUCUGAACAUCAUUGUAGGAUUCUACCAAGAUUACAAUGCAGAACAAACAAUUGCCUCGCUAUUUGAGCUAUCUGCUCCGCAGACCACCGUAGUUCGAGACGGGGAAUCCAAGAUCAUCGAGGCUUUCAGUCUCGUGGUCGGGGAUGUCAUUCAGCUGACGACUGGUGAUAUCGUGCCUGCCGAUGUUCGACUCUUUGAGGGAAUCAACACGGCUGCGGACGAAGCUUUGCUCACGGGCGAAUCGCUUCCAGUCCAUAAAACUCCCGAGAAAUUGUUUACAUCCCUCGACAUUGCAACCGGUGAUCGGACCAAUCUUGCCUUCUCUGCAAGUACCAUCACUCGUGGCCGUGCCAAAGGAGUCGUGAUCGCCACCGGAAUGCACACUGAGGUCGGAAAGAUUGCAGACAUGCUACGUUCCAACGGGAAUGCUAAGGACGGCAGCAAGGCCAUCAAGGCUUUACGAAAGGCCCGAAACACCGCCAAGCACAUUCUAGGUCUGGUGGGAACGCCUCUUCAAGUCAAACUUAGCAAGUUUGCCCUACUGCUCUUCGGUCUUGCAAUCCUCCUUGCGAUCAUCGUCUUCUCCGUCAGCAAAUGGGAAGUAGAUGGCGAAGUCCUUAUCUAUGGGAUCUGCGUGGCGGUGGCAGUCAUUCCGGAGUCUCUCAUCGCCGUCUUGACCAUCACAUUUUCCGUUGCUACUAAAGCCAUGGCAAACAGCAAUGUCAUUACACGAAAACUUGCGGCUCUUGAGGCCGUUGGAGGUACAAACCAUAUCUGUUCCGAUAAGACGCAAACGAUUACGCAGGGAUCAAUGGUAGCCAAGGAGGUCUGGAUACCGGGAUCCGGUACCCUCUUCAUCAAGGACGCGACUCCUUUUGAUCCGACAAGCGGAUUUGUGGACGACUCGAACUGGGUGACCACGGAGCAGUCCUUCAAUCAAGACCCGCACCUGACGAUGUUCCUCACAACGGUUGCCCUCUGCAAUCUGGCGACAGUGACAAAUAUGUCGAAGGACUCUGCGUCACUAAGCACAGCAAAUACCGCGUCAGCACCUGACACAUGGACCGCCCUUGGUGAACCUACCGAGAUUGCUCUUCAAGUUCUGGCCACGCGUUUCAACCUAGGCAAACCGACUCUACUUGAAGACGGGCGAAGCACACUGGCGGUCGAAUUUCCUUUCGAGUCUGCCCUAAAGCGCAUGUCGGUCAUCUAUCGCAACGGCGAUGGCAGUUUCCACAUGUAUGCGAAGGGUGCGGCCGAGGUCCUCUUGCCGCUCCUGAACAUUUCCCCGGAGCUGGCCGAGGAAAUGAAAGAGAAGGUCGAGGAAUUGGCUGCAGAAGGCUUGCGAGUUCUCUGCGUAGCACACAAACCAAUUCCCACGGGAUUGAGCGAAGAACAACGGGGCAAUCGAGACCGCAUGGAAAUUGAGCUCGACUUCCUUGGUCUGGUCGGACUAUACGAUCCACCUCGUCUAGAAACCGCCGGCGCGGUCAAGAAAUGCCAGACCGCGGGAGUUGUCGUGCACAUGUUGACCGGCGAUCACAUCAAGACGGCUACAUCGAUUGCAAAGGAGGUUGGUAUUCUGAAACCAGCGGACUUAAUCGGGAAGGAUCGAAAGAUCAUGCUUGCGGCGGAUUUCGACAAGCUGACCAAUGAGGAAGUGGAUAAGAUGGAGGAUCUGCCUCUUGUCGUUGCUCGUUGCAGCCCGUCGACAAAGGUCCGGAUGGUAGAGGCAUUGCAUAGACGCAAGGUCUUCUGCGUGAUGACGGGUGACGGGAUCAACGAUUCCCCGGCUCUUCAGCGCGCUGAUGUAGGUAUCGCGAUGGGUAAAUCCGGUAGCGAUGUUGCCAAAGAGGCGGCAGACAUGGUCCUGACGGAUGACAAUUUCGCAUCGAUUGUGAAAGCAAUCGAGGAAGGCCGUCGACUUUUCGACAACAUCCAGAAGUUCCUGAUGCACCUCCUGAUCUCGAACAUUGCACAAGUCGUGCUCCUUCUUCUCGGCCUCGCGUUCAAGGACGACAAUGGCGUCUCCAUAUUCCCACUUUCUCCCUUGGAGAUCCUGUGGGUCAACUUGAUCACGUCCUCGUUCUUGGCGAUUGGGCUUGGCCUUGAAGAUGCGCAGCCAGACAUCAUGUACCGCCCGCCUGCCAAUUUGCAGGUCGGGGUAUUUACCGCGGAGUUGAUCACCGACAAGUUCAUCUAUGGCGUGUUCCUAGGCUCCCUGUGUCUCGUCUCCUUUGCCUCGGUCAGCUAUGGUGCGGGCGGCGGAAACCUCGGCCAUGAUUGCAACGAAGGCUACAACGACAGUUGUGAUGUGGUCUACCGUGCUCGGGCGACGACCUAUGCGACGCUCACCUUCCUGCUCCUCGUCACGGCGUGGGAAGUCAAGCACUUUUCACGAUCGUUGUUCAACAUGGACCCAAGUCGCCACACUGGCCUGUUCUCGGUGUUCUCCACGCUCUGGCGGAACCGAUUCCUGUUCUGGUCCGUGAUGGCCGGAUUCGUCAUCUGCUUUCCCAUCGUGUAUAUCCCGGUGAUGAACCGAGUGGUGUUCAAGCACCAAGGUCUGACCUGGGAGUGGGGCAUUGUGGUCGGCUGCACGGUCGUAUACACUUGCUACAUUGAGAUCUGGAAAGCCAUCAAACGCCGGUUUGGGAUUUGGAGUGGAAAACAUCUCAAGACGGUGGUGAUUGAUGCUGAAAAAGGUACUGAAAAGGGUGCUAGAUUCGAUGGAGGAAAUCAAAUUGCCUAA